AUGUCAUAAAGCUAAGAAUAAAUGGUGCGAUCUAAAGCAUAAACCUUAAUGAUCAGCUUAAACAUUGCCCUGGGAUCACUAAAUAUUGGGUAUGUGGUUACAUACUUAACUUUGUCAAUUGAUACCCUUUUCGCAGUGCUGUAAGAAUGUUUAUCUAUACAUUUAGGGGUAUAAGUGCAGAGGAAAAAACAGAAAGACUAAGUUUACUUGCUGGAAUUCUUCCAUUAGGAAAUGUAGUUGGAGUGUUUGUUGGUUACUUGUUAAAAUAAAAAUUUACAAACAAAUAGUGUCUUCACAUAGCUGAUCUAAUAGGAAUAACUAGUCUGCUAGCUGUUAUAGCUGACUAUUAUCUAAUUGUUGUUGUCAGAUUUUUUCUCGGAGUUUCCAAUGGAAUAUCCAGUUAUUUGAUGCCAGUGUAUAUAAAGUCCUUAUGUCCAUAAUAAUAUUUCGGUUAAUUUAGUAUGUUCGUUGGGUAUGGAAUAAAUACAGGAUAUGCAAUUGGAUAAUUGAUGGGAAUAGGAUAUAUAGAGUAUUUAACUGAAAUAAUCCUUUUAGUUAUUCUGGACCAUCUUCGAAUUGGUGGAGAGUGGUGUUCUUGUUCCCAACAGUCAUCUGCAUCUUACGUUCAUGUAUAAUGCAAUUUGUAUUUAAUUAUGACAGUCCUGAAUAAUUGAUAUAGAGGGGAAACUUGGAAAAGGCAAAAUAUGUAUUAAAUCAAUCAAUAAAAUAGGUCAUUUGCUCCAUUUACAAAGAUCAAUAUGUUGAUGAACAAUUUGAAAGGUAUCAGAAGAUGGCAACUGAAUAGUAGAAAUAAAAUAAUAAAUCAUUUUUGAGUAUUUUUGAAAGAAAGAAACUUGUUACUUUAUAGACUGGAAUAAUAUCAGUAUACAAUUAUUUAACAAUUAGAUGUUAGUAUAAAUAUGGUGCGGAGUGUUUGCAGUGUUUUAUUAUAGUGCUUAAAUAUUCUCUGAUAUGGCUGAUGAUGAUGUUGUUUAGAAAACUAUAUAUACAUUCUGUUUAGGAUUAUCAGGAUUCGUUUCUCAGUUUUUUACAAUCUAUAUGGUGAAUAAAUUGGGAAACAAAUAUAUUUUAAGUACUUAAUUAUAAUAUAAAUAAAGUGAUUGGAUCUUUUUUAAUUGGAUCACUCAAUUUGGCUGUUUCAAUUAUUUCUAGAAAUGUAUCAGCUGGAAAUGAAUUAGCUAUUUUUAUUUUGCUAUUACUAUUGGUGAUGACAUUUGGAUCCACUUUAGGUCCAGCUGCAUGGGUAUGAAUAAUAAAUUACUAUCUUUUUAGAGUAUUGUACCAUAACUAAAUGAUAGUGAUGGAACCUUCAUUGCUACAGAAUUUAGAUGGGCAUUUUAAGCGAUUGUUGUAUUCUGUUUCCCUUUUAUGGAAAAGAAUCUUAAAAUAUUUGGUGCCUUUUUAUUCUUUGCUAUUAUUGACUAUUUAUAUUUUAUCUAUUGUCACUUCUUUUUGCUUGAUAGCAGAGGGAAAUCAAACGAACAAUUAAUUGCAGCAUAUCAUAAUAAAUUUGGCUAUUCAGUCGUACCAGUAACCAAUCAAUAACUAUAAAACAUAUAAACUGAUAUAUAAUAACCUCAAGAAUAGCAACUAAUAACUCAUUAAUAAGGAAAUUCAAAGAAUGAAAGUGAAAAGUGAUUAGC